GAGAGAGAGAGAGAGAGAGAGAGAGUAUAAAAGAAGAGUUCACAGCACUGAACUGAGAGAGAGAGUUUGAGCCGCUCACAUUCAAGAGAAAACUCAGAUCCAUUGAGGACUUUAACAAAUACACAAAAUGGAGACGAUGAAGAAUGCACAGACACUAAUCACAGACAGUGAACUGUCCGAGCAGAUUAAAGCUGUAACUAAAGACAGUCACAUCAGAGCGGAGAACACUGAACUGAUGUUGAGCUAUCAGAGAGGACAUGUCACAAACUCACAAUAUCAGCUGCUGUUGUGUUCGCUCUAUAAGAUCUACGAGGCGUUGGAGGAAGAGCUCGACAGGAACGCCUCACAUGACGCUGUGGCUCCAAUAUACUUCCCACAGGAACUGGCCCGACUGGAGUCCAUCAGCAAAGACCUGGAACAUUUCUACGGUCAGAACUGGAAAGAGAAGAUCACAGUCCCGUCCGCCACACUGAGAUAUGCUGAGAGACUGAGAGAGAUCGGCAGAGAUCACCCUGAAUAUCUGGUGGCUCACGCUUACACGCGUUACCUGGGCGAUCUGUCGGGCGGGCAGGUGUUGGGCCGCAUCACACAGAAGUCUUUAGGGCUGAAGAACGGAGAGGGCUUGUCGUUUUUCUCGUUUCCGGGCGUGAGCAGCCCGAAUCUCUUCAAGCAGCUGUACAGGAGUCGCAUGAACAGCAUCGAGCUGACAGAAACACUUCGGCAAGGACUUCUGGAGGAGGCCGUCAACGCGUUUGAGCUCAACAUACAGGUUUUUAAUGAGCUGCAGAACUCGUGUGAUUCAGAGAAAGACAAUGGAGUGAGACAGAGACACACACAACACAAGCAGAGCACAACAGCUGCAGAUGUGAAAGUGUCUGAAUCGCUGCAGGGUUCUUCAUCUCUGGUGCCGAAGUUUCUGCGGACGCUUCUCGGCGUGUUUGUGAUUUUGGCUGUCGGGAUGGUCUACGCCUUUUAAACACAACACACCUUUAUUUUGUUUAAUCUGUAACACUGAGCAAAGAUCAUGAAUAAUGAACACUCUUUUAAACAGAGAUAUACACGUCUGGACACACUCUGAUAUUACUGUUUUCACAAUUAAUAUUUGUCUACAAAAGUCAUUUCAGCACAAGGCUUCAAGAUCAUGAGAAACAUUCAUUCAAAGACAAAGACAGUAAAUCGAAUCAGUAAAUAAUGUAUAAUUAAUGAUUUAGAGUUAAUCAUACAUUUUAGAAUUAUUCUAAUGACAAAUGAUCAUUUUCAGUCAGAAACAUUUUGUAUCAAUGUAAAUAUGCAUUUGUAUUAUUACUACUAUAUUUUUUUAAUAAAAUUGUAUUCCUGAAUAUUA